AGUGGCCAGCGCCAGAAGAACUGCGGUCGCUACAACGCACGCACCGCGCAGCAGCUCGACAACAGGAAGCAUGUUCAUAGAGGUUCUGAUUGCUCUGGCGGUUGGAGGAAUCCUCUUCCGGCUGGUGCUAAGAAGAGGCAGCCAUGUUUUGAAGACAGAGGAUGGUUGGUGGGGGGUCGGUCCAGUACCUGAUGGCGAGCAGGACAUCACCACCUACCCUUUUAAAGUGACCACCAGCGAUCCAGAGCUGGAGGACCUACACAGAAGAAUAGACCAAACGCGCCCAGUUCCCUCACUGGAAGACAGCCAGUUCAAUUAUGGUUUUAACUCGGAGUAUCUGGAGAAGGUCGUCUCUUACUGGAGGAAUGACUUUGACUGGGGGAGACAAGUGGAUAAACUUAACCAAUAUCCUCACUUUAAAACCAACAUUGAAGGCAUUGAUGUUCACUAUGUGCAUGUGAAACCCAAACGAGUGCCAGAGGGGACCAGUUCUAUUCCUCUCAUCAUGGUUCAUGGCUGGCCAGGCUCCUUCUAUGAAUUUUAUGGGACAAUUCCACUGCUAACAGAACCAUCAGACCCCCAGGCCCUUGUGUUUGAGGUGGUGUGCCCAUCCAUACCCGGAUAUGGCUACUCAGAAGCACCACAUAAGAAAGGUUUUGAUUCAGUGUGCGCUGCUCGCAUCUUCCACAAACUGAUGAGACGGCUGGGCUUUCAACAGUUCUAUGCUCACGGGGGAGACUGGGGCUGGCUUGUCACCACCAACAUGGCUCAACUGGAACCCAAGAUUGUCAAAGCCUUGCACGUGAACUUUGCUCCACCUUCCAAACCUGGACUGACCAUGACCUUAUCGCUCCUGCUUGGCCGUCACUUCCCGAAGCUGUUCGGCUUCACCAGCGUGGACCUUGAGCGUCUCUACCCCUGCAUGGAAAAACUGUUUGUGGAGUCCAUCAAGGAGACUGGCUACAUGCACAUCCAGGCCACCAAACCCGACACCGCAGGUCGAGGGCUGAACGAUUCACCAGUCGGUCUGGCUGCAUACAUUCUGGAGAAGUUCUCCACGUGGUCACAUCAAGACUUUAGAAACCUGGAGGACGGAGGACUCACUAGGAAGUUCUCGCUGGACGACCUGCUGACUAACGUGAUGAUCUACUGGACGUCUGGCUGCAUCAUUCCCUCGAUGAGGUUUUAUAAGGAAAACUUUUCCCGUCUCGACUCUCCCCACAGCAAGAUACCGGUGUCCGUACCCACCGGGUUUGCAUGUUUCCCCGACGAGCUGAUGCACACCCCAAAGCUGUGGGUCCAACAGAAGUUCCAUAACCUCCUCACCUACACACACAUGGCUCGUGGGGGUCAUUUUGCAGCCAUGGAAGAACCCCAGCUGAUGGUUGAGGACAUCAACAACUUCAUCAAGAAAGUGGAAAAGAUGAAAGCACAGUAGAGAUUAUUCUGAGGUGGUCUUGGUGUUUUUUGGGGUUUUUUUUUU